AUUCUGGCACCAGCCAAGGUUGGUUCCUGAGCUGUGAAACCCAUCGUCCAGGGCAGAGGUGUGCUGAUGCUUAGUGGUUUGAAGUUUUGGCAGCAGCCACUGCUAAGUGUGGACAGUCCUCUUUGCUCCUGUAAAGAUGUUUAUUUUAAGGUGCGGUUGUUUUAUCAUCUUUGCACAGGCAUCGCUCUCAUCGGGGACUAACAGAACGCUUUGAACUCUUUGUAAUGAAGAAGGAGGUGUGCAAUGCGUACACAGAACUUAACGAUCCUUUCCGGCAGCGGCAGCUUUUUGAGGAUCAGGCCAAGGCAAAAGCUGCGGGGGAUGACGAAGCCAUGUUCAUUGACGAAAACUUCUGCACCGCGCUGGAGUACGGCCUCCCUCCUACAGCUGGCUGGGGCAUGGGAAUUGAUCGCUUCACCAUGUUCCUCACAGAUUCUAAUAACAUCAAGGUAAGUGUUAGAAACGGCAGUGCCUCCCGCUAGCUCUGUCGGAGAACGGGGAAUGACAUUCUGCAAAGCAGGCCAUCUCCCCCACCAAACAAGUAGCAGACCACGGAGCCGCUGGAGAUGCGUUAAGACAAAGAAUUCCACCUCGGUUGGAAAAGCUCUGCUUUGUUGUGCUCGCUUGGAG